AUGUCGACUAAGUUAGUUGCUAGCUGGUCGACAUGCUUAGCUGCACUGGAUGAGGAGAGACCGACGUAGUUCUGCUCAGCGAGAACGCAAAGGCACGAUGAUCGUAGGUCAGUGAACGUUUUCUUUCGUUCAUGGUGGCCUCACCGAGCUCUAAGCCAGGGCCAAGCAAGCCCUCACUGGAGGCAGAGAGAGAGAGAGAGAGAGAGAGAGAGAGAGAGAGAGAGAGAGAGAGAGAGUGUGUGUGGGUGUGUGGAGUUAGUUUCUUCGCUAAUCUUCAACUCGAGAUCUGACAAGUACAUCUACCCCAGAGUAGGGAAGAAUCCCAUCGAUCCGGUCCCAAACCUCCAGCUCCCAGGCCUGCUACAGGCACCGGGACCUUUUAAUUUGCGGAAAACCACCGUCUUUCGAACUAAGUGUGUUUGAACCGCAAGAGCUGGCUGCCAGGCGUCUCUGCGCCACUGGAUUGGGUGUCUUUGGCCUGCUUGACCAAACACCACGUGAAGGCAAUCAGACGUGUCCAUGAGCUGGCAAGAUGCUUGUGAUUGAAUGGGUGAGCAAAGCACUCUGGCUGGUGGUCAUCCUUACCACUGCUGCCAGAGCGGAUCCCAGCGGGGCCUACACGUGUGCUUACACAGAGAGAGGUACACAGAGAUGGAAGACCACCUACUACAACUCCUGUGGAUGGUGGGGCAACAGCCGAUGUGUUCGACACAAAACGUACUUCAACAAGAAUAUAUUAGUCAAUAGAAGGAGGUGCUGCCAGGGCUCGCGUCAGUCUGGCAACUCAUGUGUCAUUGACUGUCUUGUCAAUGGGUGGAAUAAUUGGAGUUCGUGCACGAACAGCUGCUAUCCAGGCACGCGCUCUCGUUACCGCUACGUAUCCCGCAAUGCUGAUCGUGGUUAUGGCUGCCCUACACUGGCCCAAGCCACGGGCUGCAACAGUCAUCUGAACAAGUGCGACAUUGACAGAAAAUGCUGGGAUAACGGUUACAUCAACACUGUCACUUGCAGGUAUUGCGAUGCAAGCACUGCGACUCGCAAUGCAUGGCAAAAACAAUCGGGAGCCAAGUGCAAUGACGGCAAUGCCUGCACAAAGGAUGACACCUGCAGCAGUGGAGUAUGCCGCGGCACUAGUUUCACAUGCUCAUCCUGCGAGUAUUGCACUGGGAGUGGCUGUGCUGUGAAGAAAGGCUAUUGCAAGAUCCAGGGAAAAUGCUACAGCCAUGGUGCUACCAAUCCAGACUCUCCCCAAUGCCAGUACUGCAAUGCGCCAACAUCAUGGGCUACUGGUGCCAGCUCAUGGACAAACAGACCAACAGGAACACGUUGUUCGGACGGCAAUGACUGUACUCGCAACGACCAGUGUGACGCUAACGGUCAAUGCCAACCAGGCUAUAACUACAAGCACGAGUGUGCAUCACCAUGCCAGGACUGCAGCGCCGGUGGAACUUGUGUCAAUGUGCGCGGCUGUGAAAUCGGCGGCAAGUGCGGUUGCUACAUAGGCGGAAAGUGCUAUGCAGACCGGGCACUGCAGCCUGGCCGUCAAUGCGACCACUGCAACUACGGCGCUAAUCCGACCGGUUGGACGCGGAUACCGGACGGCACAACAUGCACUGACGGUAACCAGUGCACGUACCAGGAUGAAUGCAAGACCGGCACAUGCGCUGGCAAAGCCUACACGUGUCCCAUUGGAGGUCCGUGUAUGGAUACGAACACAUGCAAUGGCAAUGCACCUCCACACAAUUGUGUACCCGCUUACAAGAGCUCGUCGGUGGUAUGCUACCGCAACCAAGAUGCGUGUGAUCACCCUGAUACCAAAUGCACUGGCACCCUAGCUGCGUGCCCUGUGACGACACUAAAACCUCUCACUGCUACACCAAUUGUCACUGGUUCAAUCGCACUACGGGCCACUGGUACAAUAACUAGUCUUGGAGCCGGUCCAAUUAACCACUUCAACUUGGGCUCAAUAUCGGGUGUCUACUUGGCAAGUUCAGCAUCGAUGGACAUGUUUCUUACUGGAUACACAGUGCCAUGUGGUGAUGUGACCUAUUCGGUAACUCUCUACCAUAUGCAAACUAGCUUUGCCAUCCCAUCUGGCGGAAAUUUGAUCAAAAACUUUAAUGCGAAAUCCUCCAGCAACUCACCAACAACUAUACCAAUCAGCACAAGCUUCCUGCAGAAUAACGUAUACAGGCUGCAGGUUUCAGCCAGUAAUGUUCGUGGAAAUACACUCACCACCUACUCGCUGCCUGUACUUGUUGAUACAACUGGACCCACACUCAGCGGACAGCUCUAUGAUGGAAACAAACCAGUUUCCACUCCAUUGUUUGCGGAUGUAGACUAUCAGGCAAUUACUAAUCAACUCUGGAUUCACUGGAACAUAGCAGACCUGCGGGAUGCGGAGAGCGGAAUUGACCUGAACAGCUACAAGAUGUCCAUUGGUACUUCGUCUGGAGGCGAUGACAUUGUGUCUCGCUCCGCAUGCACUUUAGCAGACUUGUCAAAGGGUGUGUGCAGUGUAGCGGGAUUGAACCUACAGAGCGGCACAAAGUACUAUUCUUCUUUGGAUGUGACCAGUCGCGCUGGCGUCACAACUCGGUUAACAUCCAAUGGGGUCACACCUGAUAAUUCACCACCGAAUGCAGGACAGCUGUCAUUCCCGAACCUGCCGGUACUUCUCUCAGACACCACUGGAGCUCAGGUGCAAAACAAAGCCACACGAAGCUUGGACUUUAAACUUGUCCACACGAGCGAUCCACAAAGUCACCUGAAAUCACUGGUGUGGUGGCUCUGCGACACUACAGCAGCCCCGACUGUGUGUUCAACUCAAGGAUACAAGCCGUUCAGCUGUGCAUCGUUCCCAUGCACUACAACCAUAACACAACCGGCUGAUAAGAUCACCCUGCCCACCCGACUGAUCGACAACCAUGUGUACAACUUGCUGAUACGAGUCACCAACAAUGCUGGACUGUCGUCUGAAGUGCGCAAGUCGUUCCGCGUCGAUGCAACACCACCGGUAGUGGGCACAGUGAAUGACGGUCUGACCGGGGAUUUGAUGUAUCAAAGUAGUAAGACGACUUUCAGCGCAAACUGGAACAGUUUCAAGGACGUGGACACGGGCAUUGACCAUUAUGAGUGGGCCGUCUACAAGAAGACAGGAAAGGUGCGCCUGGGCAAUGUUCUGAAUGCUGGAAAAGCAACAUCAGGUACGACGACCGGAUUGAACAUGGUUCACGGUACAAUUUACAUGGCCUGCGUCAACGCUGUGGAUCGAGCAGGCAACAAAGCAGAGAAAUGCUCAGAUGGUUUGACAAUCGAUGCAGUACCACCUGCAGCUGGAACAGUACUGGACAUCGAUCCUAGCGGAGGAUCGCUUAUUGACAUUGAUUACCAGAGCGACGCUGCCCGUCUGAAGACCAGAUGGCAGGGCUUCACAGCACUAAGUGGCAUACUCUCGUACUCGUGGGGAAUCGGAACUGCUCCUGGCCAAUCGGAUGUCAUUGCCAUGCAAAGCUACGGUCUAGCAAGUAUGGGGACAAAGUCAUCCUUGAAGCUGAACAGCGGCACAAAGUACUAUUCUGUCAUCAAGUGCACUAGCAGAUCCGGUUUGACUACAACUGUGUCCAGCGAUGGAGUCACAGUAGACACGAGUCCACCUGUGGUUGGCAGUAUCUUUGACCUGUGCGUUGAUAACUGUGGCUCGCUCGAUGACAUCGACUUUACGGCUAGCAACACCAAGUUCUCCCUGCGCUGGAGCGGUUUCUCAGACUCCCAGAGCGGCAUAAAGGGUUACUUCUGGAACUAUGCCUACUGCGGGCGCACCAUUCUCCUUCAUUCUAGUGACAUUGAUGCUGGCACGGCAACGCGGAGUGAAGUGGCAGUGUCUGUCACUACAGGUGUGAAAUACUGCAUGCAGGUCAGGGUCGUAAACAAAGCCGGUCUGAUGUCCACGGCCUGGUCGAAUGGCGUCCUUGUUGACAUCACGCCACCCGACGAUUUCCUUGUCGUUGACGGUCCGACACUGAGCGACGACAUUGACCACCAAGACAGCAACUCAACGCUCACAGCAUCUUGGUCAGCCUCCGCCGAUGCGCAGUCAGGAAUGUCUCAUAUCACCAUCGGUGCUGGCACACGUCCAUCGGCGCUUGACGUACGCGCACCGGUGAGCAUUGAUAAAGCGCUGCUUUCCUACACGCUGACGGGCUUCAAGCUGACCGAUCUGACGGAGUAUCACUUGACCGUGUGCUACGUGAACAGGGCAAAGCUAUCCAAGUGCUUCACAACAGAUGGCAGCCUGGUUGAUGUCACCGCGCCAACCAAAGGUAUCAUUCUGACUGGUGAAGGUCUCAAAGGUCAGCUAUACCAAUCUAGCACAACUGAACUGAAAGCACAAUGGUCAGCAUUUGAAGACGUUCACAGCGACAUCGCCGAGUUCAAGGUGGCCGUUGGAACACACGGCGAUGCCACUGCCAUUCGUAAUUACUACUCUGUCGGUCUAAAGCUGUCGACGAUCGUUUCAAACUUGGCCCUUGUCAGCGGCACUUCAUACAUAGUUACAGUGGCAGCAGUGAACAACGCUGGAUCAACCGAAACUAGUCGCAGUGCCGGUAUCAUCAUCGACAACACACCGCCUGUAUUCCAAUACAAGCCCAAACUGGAAUUGAAGGGCACACGUGCCACACUUUCUUGGCCCGGUGUCGUGGAUCAGGAAAGCUCAGUAUGGUACUAUCGCUGGGCCAUGGGAGUAUCCUGCAAUGGCAAUCAAAUGUUCGGUUACUUCAACGAGGCCAAUGGAACGACAAGUGCACAGCGCACUCUGACAUCUAUCACAGGGCAGGCAUUCUACGGCACCGUCGUGGCUCGAAACCGUGCUGGCCUCUCCAAGAGCGUGUGCACAGAUCCAGUUUGGUUUGACGGAACACCACCCGUCAUGCAGGAAGUGACCAUCGGUUUGGGUGACACUUCGGCCAAGUUCUUCCGGACUGCAGGCAAGGUACCAUGCUCCUGGGGCAAACCAACCGAUCAUGAGAGCGGUGUAACAAACUGCACAGCCGAGAUCCUAGACUUCGCCUCCGGUACCAUCCACGGAGUUCUGCAGCUUCAGAGCAUCAACACUACAUCAGGAAACGUUCCAGUGUCUGUUCCCCUGCAGGAUGGCAAGCAAUAUCAAUGCCGUGUAAUGUGCAGAAACGGCGUUGGAGCAGUCGCCUCCAGUACGUCAGCUGUGCCUGCAUUGUUUGACUCAAGUCCACCCAUGAUUGGCCACAUCAACAUUGCACAGUACUGGCCCAAGUCAUCAGAGCUGGACUUCACCUGGGCUCCAUGCAUUGAUCGAGAUUCAGAAAUCACUGACUACCACUGGGGUGUUGGAACGCCAGCCAGUCUCUACAGUACCCAGGCUAGCACCAGUGCUGGCGUCAGCCUCCAAGCUAGAUCGGACACUAUCCGCAUGACAGAGGGAGGGACGUACAUCAUCACUCUCAUCUGUAAGAACGGAGCGGGCUCUACCAAGACGAUGACAUCACAGGCCUUCACCGUGGACACAACACCUCCGGUUGUUGCCAGUUCGGUCAAGGUGGAUUUUGACCUAACUGAUAGCGCACUGUCUGCACAGUGGGCAGCAGCUACCGACUCUGUUAGCGGUAUCCGUGGGUACGAAUGGUCCAUCGGUGUCAGUCCUGGUGGCUGCCAAGUGUUGGAUAAUACCUUCAUUGGAGAUGUAAUGAACGCAACAUGCUCUAACUGCAGCAUCAAGUCUGGCGAAAAGUACUACAUUGCAGUCCGCGCCAUCAACAACGCUAACCUUACCACUCACAUGUCCACCAGCACAAUCACGGUGGACAGCUCUGCACCUAUUGCCGGAAGAGUGUACGUUGCAAAGGAAGCUGCUGGAAGCAAGACAAUCACUAUUGGUUGUGAGAAGUUCAUGGAUAAUGAGGCGGGCAUUGAGCAAUGUACAUGGCUGCUGAAGAACAACUCUGCACUACUUUCAGAAGGAUCUACUGGCUGUCAAUGUCAAAAUUGCACGUUUGACGUUCUUCUACCUGCCAUCAUCACCCAGCAAGACUCAGCAACAUCGCUGAGCGUCGAUGUGAUGUGUAAAAACCGCGUCAGUCUAAGUGUUACCAAGACGUUGGAUAUUGAUGUUAGCAAACCGGUGGACGGCACACUGAAGUGCGAUGCCUACACCAGUAAUACAACUCAGAUCAAUGCAGUUUGGUCAGGCGUCUUUGACAGCCAAACGGCCGUAAGUCUGCGCUGGGCUGUAGGUCACCAGGAUAUAGAUGAUAUCUUGUCCUGGACAACAGGUGGCAUUGACUCAGAUCAGAGUCAGCUGAGUGCUACAGGACUGAACCUUGUCAACGGUGAACACUACAACAUAAUACUGGAAGCUAGUAAUUCUGCAGGCAUGCUGUCAACAGUGACUUGCAAAACAACUAUUGAUACCACUCCACCGACGGCAGGAUUGGUACAAGAUGGGAAAAGUACAUCAAUGGACAUGGAUUUCAUCUCCACACCGGAGAGCAUAUCAGCAUCAUGGAACGGCUUCAGUGACGCCGAGACCUCUGUCACCUACCAGUGGUGCAUCGGCCUGGCGAAGUUCAAGCAGAACUUCAUGACAUGCCGGUCUGUUGGGUCGGCCACGCGGGCAACAUGCCACACGUGCAUCAUGUCGGCCGGUGUGACCUACUACAUCACAGUGAGAGCAAGAAACAAGGCAGGCCUGGUGACAUCUGUGUCAUCUGAUGGAAUCACCCUGGACACAUCGCCCCCCAACAAGGGCAGUGUACAGGAAGGAACAGACACACCAACAUCGUCGGUACAGUACAUGGCUGGAGAUAUCUCACCACUGAUCUAUUGGAGUGGCUUUGUGGACCAACAAUCCAGCAUUCGGGACUGCUCCGUGUCUAUCCUAGCCGAAGACAAAACACCUCUUUGGUCAAGGUCUGCAGUUCUUGAAUCACUAUCUCCGCUGGCACCCAACAUCACCCUUCCUGUGGGAAAGAAAAUGUUCACUCGUGUUGAAUGCAUCAAUAAGGCUGGACUGGCUUCAAGCAACAUGUCGAGUGGAUUUGUCCUCGAUACGACACUCCCAGUGACGGGAACUGUACAGCUAGGCUGGACUGAGACAAUUCUAGGAGAGGAUGCUCUGUUGGUGAUAUGCAGUGGGUUUGACGACCCUGAGUCGCACAUCACCCACUUUGAUAUCACUGUAGUGGAUAAUGCUACCGACAUGACACUGCAUAGUAGUCGUGUAACGCAGCUGAACACUACCUUCACCAUUCCGAUUGCAAAUCUCAGCGACGGCGAAGUAUAUUCUGCAACAAUUUCAGCAAGCAACCGGGUUGGCCUCUCCUCUCAAGUCACAACCGAGCCAAUUGUCUAUGAUACCACACCGCCAUCCAUUGGCACAGUGCUGGACGGUCCAGUCGGUAGCAAGGAUGAAAACUUCACCAGCGAUAGUACUCGCCUCCAGGCCCACUGGGAGAGCAUCCAGGACCCAGAUAGUGACAUCAUUGAGUUCUACUGGGCUAUAGGAACGAACCCAGGCGGCACACAGAUAUUGCCAUACACUGCUAUUGGACUGAACACGUCCGCCUGGUGCGAUCCUCCUCGCUGCGUUCCUGUCAGCAGUGUGUCAUACUUCACUACAGUGCGAGCAGAGAAUGCCGCACGUAAACUGGCUUGGUUUACUUCGGAUGGCAUCACCGUGGAUACAACAGCACCAGGGACAGUGACAGUAACAUUGAACAACAAGGCUGCAGGACAAGAUGUGCAGUUUGUCAACGAGAACACAACCAUAGCCAUCACGUGGUCCACGGCUGAAGACCCGGACAGUCCGAUAGCAGACUACAGUGUAUGCAUUGGUAGUCAACCAGAGCAAUGUGAUGUACUGCCGUGGCAACCUACUGGACUCGCAACAGUCUACCGUCACCAAGGCCUGCACUCAUCUCUCUCCAUAGUCUAUGCUAUUGUCAAAGUAACCAAUGCGGCGGGAUUGUAUUCCUUGACCACCUCAACGGCAAUGCACAUCGACAAUACACCACCAGAUGUGGGACACGUUAUUGACGGCGGUGGAAUGUCGGAUGCUGACUGCCAAGAUGCCUCACAGCCAUUGGUUGCUCAGUGGAGCGGAUUUGUGGACCAGGAAAGUUACAUAACAGAUUACCACUGGGCAAUCGGCACUCAACCAGGGAUGGACAACAUACAGCCGUGGACAUCGGUGGGAUCCCAGCUCUCUGCCGAAGUGGCUUCCACAGCACUCAGUCAGCCGGACGAUAUCGUAUUUGCUUCGGUUCGUGCCACAAAUGGGGCUGGUCUUUCAGCAGUAGUGUCGUCGGACGGUGUUCGCAUUCUACAUGGCAGUGGAACCGGCACACUGGCAUCUUCCGAGGUUGCACGCCUCUGCGUAUCAUUCGCCAAGGACCAAUCUCCCUGAGCAGCUGCUGAUUCAGCCACCAGUAACUACCUCAGCAGAUAUUUCUCCAUUCAUUAAGCAAGCACUGGCAUUUUGAUAUUCUUUUCAUCAUUAGGCCUCAAUUGUAGCUCACAAAUACUCUGCCCUAAGACAUUGAAUGUAACAGAUGCAGUACACAUGCCACUGCAUACUCGUCAACACAUUUUUAUUGAGUCUCGUUCGGCAAAUAACCAUAUUUUCAAUAUCUUUUAGUUUAAAUUGACGUCCACUUCUUACAUUCUGCCGCAGCACGUAAGCAUAGUUCCUCUUGCAGAUAUCGUUUGGAAUGUUUUCAUUGCCAUAGUUACCAUCGUCACAUUCAAAACAAACUACUUGCAAAGUAGGAGUCUGUGGCAAUAUGCAUAUUAAUUAUUAUGAUUUACACAUACUAUUUAAAGUACAAUCGUGUAUUAAUCCGAUAUGAAAGUAGAAGAUAAGAAUCUCUUGAAUACUAUGAAUAGGUGAA